CCUCUUUUCUGGCAGCAGCCAACACAGCCGCAGAGCGAAGGCACGCAGCAUGCGGGCAAAAAAACAACUUCUUCCUCUGUGAGGCUGCACUGAGGGAAGCUGGACCGGGAAUCCUGCUGAGGGUCUGGGCUGCAGGGAGUCCAGUCACACUGGAUUGCUGCUAAUCCAGCCCAAGGAGAGGGCGUAGGAGCAAACUCAGUGGUUUUUCCUUCCUGUUGCCUAACAGGCCUGUCAGAGUCUGGCCUCUUUGGGACUCACUCUGAGGAUGCCGUCUUUGGGGCCGCUCUGAGACAAAAAGACAUUUGGACAUUCAUGGGCAAAUACAGAAGAGCGGUGGCCGAGGAAAAGCAGUUCGGAGGCACAAUGUCGGCCACCCAGGGGAUGAACCGCUCCAGCGUCUACAGCUACUUCCUCAACAUGGUGGCCUAUCAGAUCUGCUGCUGCUGUGGCCCAGCUCCCUGCUCGCUCUGCUGUGCCUUCUGUCCUCCGGUCAAGUCGUCCACCAGCACCCGGAUCAUGUACACCCUCUUCCACAUCAUGAGCUGCGCCGUCUCCUGCCUCAUGCUGUCUCGCACCGUGUCCGAGCUCGUCAGGGAAAAUGUGCCUUUCUUCAACGUGGUGUGCGACCAGGCGCAUGGCGGGGGCCACUGCGAGAUGCUGGUGGGCUACUCAGCCGUCUACAGGGUGUGCUUCGGCACUUCCUGCUUCUACUUGAUGAUGGCGAUCUUCCUCAUCGACGUGAAGUCCAGCCAGGACUUCAGGGCGCUCAUUCACAACGGCUUCUGGUUUCUGAAGUUCAUCACGCUGCUCGGGAUGUGCACGGCUGCCUUCUUCAUCCCGACAGAGUCCUUCUUGCAUGCUUGGCAUUAUGUUGGUGUGGUGGGAGGAUUUGCCUUCAUCCUCAUCCAGCUCACCCUCAUCACAGCUUUUGCACACACCUGGAACAAAAACUGGUUGACUGGAGCUGCAGAAAACAAACGCUGGUACCUGGCGGUGAUGUGCGCCACGCUCUUCUUCUACACCAUCGCCACCAUGGCCUUCACCUUCAUGUACAAGUACUACACACACCCCAUCGCCUGCCACUUCAACAAGGUCCUGCUGUGGGUCAACCUGGGACUCUGCGGCCUCAUGUCCUUCAUCGCCGUCACGCCGUGCGUCAAGCAGAAGCAGCCUCGGUCGGGACUCCUUCAGGCCUCCAUCAUCAGCUGUUACGUCAUGUAUCUCACCUUCUCUGCACUGUCCAGCCGGCCGCCGGAGAAAGUGGUGUAUCAGGGCAUGAACAUGACGGUCUGCUACCCCGCCGUGGGACAAGAUGGCAUCCAGAAUGAAGGCAACGCUGUCGCCAUCAUCGGAGCCGCCAUCAUGUACUGCUGUGUCCUCUUCGCCUGCAACGAAGCUUCCUACCUGGCAGAGGUAUUUGGUCCGUUUUGGAUGAUCAAAGUUUAUCGCUACGAGUUCCAGAAAGCAACCUGCUGUUUCUGCUGCCCCGAGGAGGAAGCAGCUGACGAGGAGUUUGUGAUUGAUGACGACACCAAAGGCUGCCAGAAGGUUAUACACAAUGAGACCCAGAGAGUGGCGUACAGCUACUUCUUCUUCCAUUUCGUCUUCUUCUUGGCAUCGCUGUACGUCAUGAUGACCCUCACUAACUGGUUCAGCUACGAGUCUGCAGUACUGGAGACCACCUUCACCCACGGGAGCUGGUCCACCUUCUGGGUGAAGAUGUCGUCGUGCUGGGCCUGCGUGCUCCUCUACCUCUGGCUGCUGCUGGGUCCUCUGUGCAGCUGCCAGCACGAGUCCAGACCUCGACGCUCUCGUAUCAAACGGCGCGCGGCGUCCUCCCGCCACGUCAGCGUCAGCGUCUGAAGGUGUCUCUGAGCGGCCAAGAAAGCGGAGAGCAACAAGUGGUCCGGUGACCCCGAGCUCCUCACGGUGUCCUGCCGGAGGAAAUGUUUUACCUGUGGGGCUUACUGGGGUCAGGAGUCAAAGACUCACAGUAGCGUGAGAAGAAAGACUCAUAGAGCUCAGCGCUCUGCGUUGGGUUGAUGAGAAGGACUGGCCCUGAUGUCACUCGACAUCCUGAAAUAAAACCACCAACAAGGACAUGACAGUGGUUUAGGGACAACUUUACAGAAUGAAUUGCCAAAGGGAUCAGAAGGGGUGAAUCCUCGCUCCGUAUCAGUGGGAACACCAGUUAAAGGGUAUAAGGAUGGAUACAUUUUAGAUUAUUAUUAUCAUUAUUUUUUUACAAUUUAAUUUUAGAUAAGGGGGGAAGGGUCACUCUCUUGUAGCAUUUAGACCUUCAGUAAUGUAAGAGUGGAGACAUUUCAUUUAUUUGCUGUAAUGUUACUGAAGAGGUGCACACCCCAAACGUUAUUUUUUAUGAUAAAUACAUAGUCUGCUCUGUAACAAGGAGCCGUUUUAGUCUUCUUGAACUUGGACAAAUCUGACUCUUCUGAGCAUGAAGGGAUCUUUCACAAGCUACAAGCCAGACGACGAUGCACAAGCUGCCUAUGAAACAGAAAAUGCUUCUUAUUGAUACAUGGAAGGGGUAAGAAAGUAACAAAGGGCUAACAAUCUGUGGAACGAUCAAAAAAAGGGAAAAAAGUCUAAAUAUUGAUUUUUCUUUGUAACAAAACAAACUGAAGAGCAUUCUUUCUUGAUGAAAAUAUUUUCUUUCUCCAAACAAAUGAUGCUACGUGUCACAACAGAUUAUAUGAUGCAGAUGGUCUAAACUGGAGGUUUUCAAAAUUUUAGGCAGGAUGCAAACAGUUCAAAGGGUCUCAUUGAAUGGAGGGGAGGAAGUAAUACAUUAGUUAUCAGAAGUGCCUGAUGAUAGCUUGGAAAUAUUACUUUUGGGGGAUUUCUUUUUUCUUUUUCACAUAGCCAGAAACAAAGAUGCUUCAGGUGACCUUCAUCUAUCACUUCUGCCACAUUGCGGCCCCCCUGCCACUACAGCAACCCAGAAGGGACAAACAAGUCUGGUUCUAGAGAUGGCCGGGGACAUUUUCCAUGUUUUUGUUGGCUACUGUAAUUUUUCAUAUUUCUACAGGGAAGGCGAAAUUAAAGUUAUUUGUUUUUUUACUACUAGAUGUUGCUACAUCCUGCAGCCUGAGCUACAGAAUAAGAGACACAUAUGUUAAACUAAUGUGUGUGAUCUGCAGUGACAUCUACUGCUUAAAAUAACAAAUUACAACUAAACAAAUACCCCCUCAUAUCCACUCAAACUGUCGUAGAGACUGAAAACAUUAGCGACCCUCUCCACAGCCACUGUUUUGAUUGUCUCUUCUGGGUUACUGCAGCAACAAAAAGUUACAAUAUGGCAUAUAUUUGUAUGUAGGCUGAUCAUUUUGCAGUUAAUAAAAACAAAACAAACAAACCAAAAAUAAAAGCAGACACAUUUUUUUAUUUUUAAGCCAACAAACCACUGUAUUUUUAAAAUGGAAGUGCGGCCCUGGCUGCAGGCCAAUAGAUAGAAUGCAACUGAAGGCUUUUCUUUUUCUUUUUUUUCCCCACAAUGGCUUUUUUGGCGAUCAAUGCAACAACACACAGUUAUAUUAUAAUGAUCUAACAAUUUCACUCCAUUAGUCCUUGUAAAGCCACACAUGUUUGCUUUUACGUCAGGUAGACAAGAAUGACCCAAACAAGAUCAUCACUGACUUUUACUCUGGUAUAUUUCAAAGACCUUUGACAUCUUUAACCCUCUUUUUUAAAAAGGUUGAGACAAGUAUUUCACUUUUUUAAAUGAAAUAUAAAAGUACCACAGGAAUAUUGAAGAAACACCCCUUUUCAGCUCUGCUCACAUCAGCAGGUUUAAGGGGGUGGAGUCAGCAUCUCUCCUCCUUUCAAGCCCCACCCCUGGGGUGUGCACCUCUUUUAAAAAGUGUUACAAAUGUUUGUUACCUACUUCAAGGUUACAGCUAAUGCAGCAUGACGUGAACCGGGUGGAGUUAUCCUGCUCCAAUCCGGGUCUGUGAUGUCACACGACCUGCAAAUCUGAACUUCUCCUCAAAUUAGAUCAUUUCAGGUCAAGACUGUCACAACUUGAUGAAACUUGAUGAAAAUAAUAUUUUUUUUAAUAAUAUAUUUCCUUUUUUUUAUUAGUGCAAAGCACAGAGAGUAGUGGUAAUCUUCCCAGCUAGGCCUCAAAUGCACAGAUGUAAUUGAUGGAGUUGAAAUGAAUGCAAAAGUGUUACAAAGAAUACUUAUGUGAGCUUUAUUUCAUUCAGUGAAAUCAGUUACAAACCAAAAAAUGGUUAGACAGUACAAAUUUAAUUCAUUUGUCUUUAAUUAAAUCACAAAAUCCCACUUUAGUAUAUUGAAUGAGCUUAAGUUUCGCAAAUCCGGCCUUAAACUAAAGAAAGAUGAGCUCAUGUACUUAAUCAAACCCUGAAGUGUCCAAGAUCUCAAAGGUUGAUCUUUAAACGCUCACAUAAGGUUUACCAGAUACGACUGAGAGGCAGCUAAACAGAAAUGUGUGAUGCCGUGGAAAGCCAACACAAAAGAAGUGAUAUAUAUGGUUACAAUAAGAGCAUAAAAACUGCACGCUCAUUUUAUGUUGCUUUACAUUACAUCAUUCACUUCUGCUGUAUAUUCAUUAAGUCCAGAUCAGAUCUGUCCUUGCUUGCAUUUCCUUUUGCAGUUGUAAUUUAUAAACUUCAAUGACUGAAGUGCUUAAAAAACAAAAAAGUACUUAGAGAUUUCCCGGGAUGGAAGCUUUCCGUCCCAUGCCUUCAGAUAAAGUAGUCGUGUUGAAGAUGGCGAGGUGAGCUGUGAAUCUAAAGUUCUCUCCUUCUAUCCUGUUGUUCAUGUGAAGCUGACGGUCGGCCCUCUUCUUAAGGAAAACUGAGCCAAUUUUUCUGAGAUGACAUUUUCAGAUUGACAGUUAACGAACAGAAAUUUGGCUACACUUUAUAAUAUUUUUGUACGUUAGAAUCGUCUUCAGUGAAAUGUAGCGCUUUCUUUGUUGUAGAUGUGAAGCUUCUUUUGUAAAUGAAAUGUUUUCUUACAAAUGUUGCUGUUUUCAUGUCUGCUUUCUAAAUCGCAGAUCUACAUCGGUUCAUUUCUAAAUUAAAUUGUAUCUGUUGACUUGCUUUUAUUCAGACGAACCAAAAUACCAACUUUGAUAUAUUUAAAUGAGGUUUGAGAGCAAAAACGUUACUAUCAAAAUGCAUAAAAUAAGGCACUGAUUUUAACUGGCUGUUUAACAGACAGUAAGCUUUCUCACAAUACUUAUACUUGCGGCUAAUCAGUGCUGCAGGAUAAAAAUACUGUAUAUAUCUCAUACUGAAGAGCCAACCUGAUUAAACAUGCUACAAAAAAAUGAAACACCAAACGUGACCAGCGGACUAUACAAGUAAUUUCAAGAGAUGCACAAGCAAUGUGUUAUGAUUUAAACUUAUAUACUUAUAUACUUUAUAACAUAAAUACACUGUGGAGAAACAUGAUAUUAGAUAUGGGUAGAAAGAAAAAUCCACCAAUUUAUCCAUUGGAUGUCAAUUUUUACCAUUUUGUUUUUCAACAAAUUUAUUAUCCAAAAGUUAUAUACUUACUUUACUGCAUCCUUCAGGUUGCAUUAAAGUAAAGAUAAAUCACUGUAGGCUUAGAAUUUAGUUUAUUUUCCACAAAGUAGUAUGGAAACAAAGUUAAAAGGAGUUAUGGAGUUGAUGGUUUUGUUGGUGUCUAUAAAAUUGCAAUGUCUUUUUUAAAGAAGUUAUAAUUCAUCUGUCAUAAUAUAAUUUUUUUUUCCUGUUAAAUGCCUUUUUGUAGGUGAAAAAAUGCCUAAAGUAAUUACCAAGACCAAAGUCUGCAGCAGCAUUAUGCAGUAAUAGUACUGUAAUGCAUGUGCUGCGAUGUUGUAUGAUACCGUAAAAAGCAGUUACACAAUAUUUGUGACCAGCUUUCGGUGAUAGGAAGAAAAAAAAAGUAAACAAGAACACAAGUCCAGACUUGUGUUGGGAGGACUUGGGAGGACUUGGGAGGACUUGGGAGGACGGAGAACUCAUGCCAGUCUUUCUGCAGUUGGAGCAGCGUACAUGAUGACAUCCCAGCUCAGCUAACAGGCUGACACAUAUUAAAAAACAUCUAGUUUAAUUCGAUGUAUAAAUAAACGCCCUAAACAUUAGCAAAAAAAAACAAACUGAAAAUGGACCAUAUAUCGCUCUCCCAUAAGGUUUUAUAACCAUUGCCUAAUACAAUGUGUUUUAAUGGAUUUUACGCUUUUGUAUGUCAGCUGCGUUAUAAAUAGAGUUCAAUAAAAGUGAAAAGAAAAUCAACUCAAUCUUUAUAACGUUACCACAAAUAUGAAGUUAUAAUAGAUAUAUUUUUUGAUAAAAACAUCCUGAAACUGCAUUCUGUCAAACAAAAAAAAGUUAUAACUUUAUAUUUACAUAUUUGCUCCUCUGCCCUCUUCUAUUACUUUCAUUUGUUGGUGCGAAAUGCAUUCUGGGAUACUUUGCCAUCUCAAGUCUGCACCAAUCCCUACCAUCUUACUUCCACAUUUACGCUCAUGUGGAACCAAGAUUCAUUGCAGUUCCUCGACUGACCGCUAAAGGCUGCAAAAGUAAGUCAAUCUCCACUGACCUCCAUGAUAAAAUGUCCAACUUUAGAUCAAAAAUAAACAUAUUUACAGGUUUGAUUGAACACCCAUGACAACUCUGAGGGGGGGAUUCUUUGUACCACGUCAGGAGAGUUUAUACAAAGUAUUACAUUUAUUUCUAAUAUGAUUGAUUGACAAUCAACUCAACCAAUUGCUGGCCGUGAUCACUUCCUCAUCCAUAACCUCGAAG